AUGGCAGACGGAUUUAUUUUGUUAAUCGAUGCAUUUGUGGAAGACGAACAGCGAAAUAAUGCUGCAUUAAUACGACGAAAUUUACGGGAUCAAAGUGAUCCCAUGUCUAUGCCAGAAACUCAGUUUCGAUCACUGUACCGAUUGUCGAGAAAGAUGGUACAUAAUCUCAUUUUAGAGCUCUCGCCUCAUUUGCAAGAUGCAGAACGUGAAGAAUUAUUUAUCCCGAAAAAAUUAAAAAUUAUGGUGGCGUUGCAUUUUUUUGCCCAUGCCAGCUACCAAAAAGCCGUCGGGCAAGAUUUUUGUACAAGUAUGAGCCAGUCAUCUGUUAGUAAAUGUUUAACAGUUGUUGUUAAUGCUUUGGAAAAUUUGUACCAUUAUGUACGUUUUCCACAAACACAAGAGGAAGUAACGCUUGUUAAGCAAGGUUUUAUGAAUAUGGCCCAUGGGUUCCCAGGUAUUGUUGGUGCUGUUGAUUGCACACACAUUGCAAUAGUUGCUCCUCCAAUUAAUCAUCCUGAUUAUCCUGCAAUAUUAUUUUAUAAUAGAAAAGGAUACUACAGCCUUAAUGUACAAAUUAUAUGUGAUGCAAAUUUAAAAAUAUUAGCAUUAAAUGCUCGUUAUCCCGGAUCAGUUCAUGAUGCAGCUAUUUGGGGCACAAGCCAAAUACGACAAAAUUUAUAUAAUAGUUAUCAAGCAGGCCAUACCUCCUAUUUACUUGGCGAUUCUGGGUAUCCACUCGAACCAUGGCUGAUGACACCCAUAACAGCUCCUGAUACAGAUGCAAAACGUGCUUAUAAUAUUGCACAUAGAAGUGUAAGAAAUGUGAUCGAAAGGUUGAACGGAGUUCUUAAAACAAGAUUUCGGUGUCUCCUUAAACACCGAGUUUUGCAUUACAGCCCACCAGUUGCAGCUAAAAUAGUAAAUAGUUGUGCUGUUUUACACAAUAUGUGUAUAUUGCAUGGAGAUCAAGCUUUAAUUGAUGAUGUUCCAGAAGAUGAAUAUGUACAAGAUGAACAUGAUCAGCAACAGCUACAAAAUGGACAUGAGAGGUAUCAGGGUGAACAAGUACGAACUAGAAUAGUGCGGAUGUAUUUUAAUUAAUAGUUACAGUUACUUAAUCAUUAAUA